CAAAGCUGUCAUUGUUUUGAAGUACUAGAUUGUCUUUUUUUGCUUCUGAUCAGUUCAAAACAAAAGUGCGGUUGAGUUUUAAUUUUUUUGCAAUUUCAGCGAAAAAUUAAGUAGUAUUUUUAAGCAAAUAUAAUAAUUAAUCAUUAUGUCCCUGUUAACCCUGCGCCCACUGCUGGCUAGGAACCGCUUUGGCCCUCUUGCCCUAAUCCGCAUGGUCGGAACCAUUCCUGUGCUCAAACAAAGCCGGUGCUAUGCGACGGCUAAAAGAGAAAGUGCCGAGUCCACGUCUCUGUCGGCUGCCACUGAUAGGGCAGACGUUUCCACCGAUGUCCGGCCCCUGGGAGAGCGUGUCAAGGAGAAUACUAAAACCGCCAGCUAUAUGGGGGUGAUUCUGCUAGGAGUCGGGGUGACUAGUGUGCUGUUCUACGCAAUCUUCAAGGAGCUGUUCUCGUCUAACAGUCCGAACAAUAUCUACACGGAGGCGCUGGAGCGAGUAAAGGAUGAGCCAAAGGUGAAAGAUGCUCUGGGUGCUCCGAUCAAAGGGUUCGGAGAGGAAAGCCGGCGAGGUAGAAGGAAUCAUGUGGCGCACACGUCCUAUGUGCGCGAUGGUGUUCAAUACAUUAGGAUGCAGUUUUAUGUUCAAGGGAUUAGAAAUAAAGCAACCGUGCAUUUAGAAAAGAGAAUGAAUGAUUCCGGAGACUAUGAGUACCGAUAUCUUUUUGUUCAGCUGGAUUAUUAUCCGCACAGUACAAUUAUUCUGGAGGAUAACCGCCUGCAGCAGGAUGCUUUGAAAUCUCUUCCGAGUUUGCAAACCAUUGUUUGAACAGUAUCAACAAGAUUCUGUUGAAAAAAAAAACUUUGAUACGUCUUCUUUGUAAAUAUGUUAGGUUUUUAAUGUUCAAUACGCUACUUUGGGAAAGAAAUGGAGAUUUCUUUUUACAACAACUGAGUAUCAUUUAUUCAUAAACAA